GAGAUGGUUUUGGUGACAACCAUCUUGUUCGUGCACCGGGUUCCGCCCGACUCGCCUUCCAGAAUAUUAACACUAUUCCCGACAAGUCAGACGACCCAAAACAAGCACAACUCAACCACUGGAUUCGAAGCGAAUGUGUGGACUUGUUACUUCUGGCUGAAUUGAACAAAUUCUGGCCAGCAAUUACACCAACCAACCGAUGGCGUGAACGUGCCAGCACUAUGGCUAGGAAGGGCGAAGGUUUCCAUUUGGCGGUGGCCUACAAUACCCAUCAACCACGGGCGGCCCAUUCUACCACUCAAUUUGGGGGCUGCUCGACUUCUGCCUUCAACAAAGUAUCUCACCGAGUGCGGUCCAGUGGCGACGAUAGCUUAGGGCGAUGGGCUUGGAUACGUCUUCAGGGCCGAACAUGA